AUGACGAAACAAGAUGAUAACUUAGAGGAACUCCUCUUGAAUGAUAACUUUUAUUCAUUUCCAAAACCUAUAAGUUCAUCUUCUUCAUCAGACCAUUUAACUAAUUUAAGAAAAUCAGUUAAAAUACCCAAUUCGAUAUCAUCCAAUUCAAUUAACACCAGUUAUUUGAAUCCACAAGAAUUUUCAUUAUUAGAAUCAGUUAGUGAAGAUUCUCAAAUUCCUUCCACUAAUUUGAAUUCUAAUAACCCCUUUUUACCAAAAAAAUCUAAGCCCCUGGUUAAUCCAUAUCAAGUUCAAUCCGAAAGAACCAGUUUUAUGAAAAAUUCUCCAUCAAUGAAGGCUUUAGAACAUAUCUUAACUUCAAAAGACAAUUCUACUAAAAAUUCGUCAACUAUUAAAGAACUAAUAAAUGAAAAUGAUGAAGAGGUUGAUCCUCAAAAUCCAGUAAAUAUUUCAUCUUUAUCUUUAAAUAAUCAAUCAAUUGAUACUAAUCGAGCUUCUACUUAUUCGGUUCAAACUUUCCAAACCGCAAGAUCAACUUCUCGUGAUUCCCUUGAUGAAUCUUUCCAACCCCAAUCAAAUAACGUUAAAAGAUCUUCAAUUACAACCAUUGAUGAAGGUUAUAGUACUAGUGAUGAAACUCCAAUUCUUUCUCAACCAGCUACUUUUUAUACCAUGAAAUCAACUAAUAAAGAUUAUUCUCCUAAAAUCAUUAGUGAACCAUCUCAGUUUGACCAUAUUAAUAACCAAAAUGAAUUAAAUGAUCUUGCUCAUUCUUCAGAACAAGAUGAUACUUUGAUUAAUGAGAAUUCUUUGAAAAAACCUAAUUCUGAUGAGAUUAAUUCUUCAAAUUUAAGAAUUCCAAGUUAUUCUUCAACUGUAAAUAAUAAUAGUUCUAUUACUUUAACUAAUAAUAGUUCUAUAGAUAAUGAUGGUUUAAGAAAACCAAAUAAUUUUAAUAAUGAUAAUUCUUUACCUUCUCCUUCAAAUUCAUCAUUUUCAAAUAAAUAUCCUCCCAAAAUUUCAAUUCCUCAACCUCCUCCUAUUAAAUCUUCUGAAACAAUCCAGCAAUCGGGUAGAAGACCAAGUAAUACUUCAAUCUUAACUAAUGGCUCAAAAUUUAAACCUUCAACUCCUCAACAAUAUUCUGGUUCUUCAAAAUUUGAUUCCUUAAAUGAUACCCCAAAUACUAUCAAUACUGUGAAUACUAUAAGUACAAAUGAAUUAUUGGGUACUCCUAAAUCAUUCUUUCAAAGUGAUAAAAAAUCGCCUCAUUUAAGAUCAAAUUCAACUUUUUCUUUGAAAAAUCCAUCUUCGCCUUUCUCAAAACCCGAAAUCCCCGGAAGACAUAGAAGAUCCAACACUUUAGGCGAUUUGAACAAAUAUUCUUUUAAUGAUAACCAAAGUAUUCGUAGUGGUACUAGCAUGUCUUCAGUUCAACCUCCCACUACCAAAAAAAGUAAAUUAUCUGAAACAACUACUAAAUCAUCUUCUAAAAAAUUUAGCUUUAGAAAUUUAUUUAAACUGAAAUCAAAAAAUCAUAGUUUAAAUGAAAAGGCUAACAAUAAUUCAAAUUUAGAAUUACCUUCUCAGCCUAAAAAAUUGAAAAAUAAAUCUGCUUCUACUCCAAAUUUCACUGAAAUUGGAUCUUCCCCAACUAGUAUUGUAACAACAAAUACUACUGCUACAGCAUCCACCGAGAAGAAAAAAUUAUUUGGAAAUAAAAAUCGUAAGAAAAAUGAUGAUUCAAAAUCAAUUGCUCCAAACUCUCCUCAAAAAUCUCAAGUUCAUCCUCCUUUGAAUAAGUCCUCUUCUUCUUCGUCAAUUUUGAAUGUUUUCAAAAAAAAUAAAUCGACUGACACUUUGGGUAAAAAAUUGGCUAACGAUGAAAAAACAAAUGAAGUCGCUGAUAAAGAUCCGGUUGUUACCUCUGAAGUCGGUGACGAAUUAUCAAUUAAUCAUGACAAUUUGACCACUUCCAAAGCUUACAAAUCAAAUUCAAACAUAAAUUUCAUUAGAGAAGUCAGUGAUGAUGAUUAUAACCCAAAUCUUGUUUAUAAUAAUGAUAGUAAUUCUGUGAAACAACCAAAACAAAACAUAGAAAGCCAGGCUGACUUGAAGGAUAAUGAAGAUGAUUCAAUUAAUUUAAGAAAUAAUCCUCCAACUAAAUUAAGCAACGGAAGAUUCGAUGAAGAAAUGUCAAUUGAUCCUCCAACAUCAUCUAGUGCAAUGAAUGUUUCUAAAGGACCUUUAAGCUCAAAUCAUUUAAUGAAUAAUAAUAACAAAGCUUCAGAAACUUUCGACAAUGAUGAUGAUAUAUUUGGUUCUCCAUUCGAUGUCAGCUACGAUUCUUCCAAUAUUAAUACCCCAAGAAUUGUUGAAUCCCAAAUUCCAAGUCAACCAAAACAUUUGGAUUCAAGCUCUUCAAAGAUUAAUGAUCAAUUAAUCGGUGAAGCCCUUUUUCCAAAAUCUCUCAGCGUUCAAGAAGUUGAAAGUAUUGUUUCUUUGGAAAGAUCCAGAUCUAUGAAAUCUAUUGGCUCCAAUAAUGCUGGAAAUAAACGUAACUCUUUUGCUAACUAUAAUGGUAGUGACGAAAAUAUCAUUCAUGGUAGUAAUAUGCCAAUUUCCAAACCAAAUAAUGGUAUAAAGAGAUCAAGCAGUAUCUUAAAGAAUUCCCACUCAAAGAAGAACUUGAAAGUUGAUCCUUUAGAUGCUUCAAUGAAUUCUAUCGAUGCUAAUAUUUUAUCCAAAGAUGAUACCAUCCAAACAGUUGAUGACGUAACAGAAGAUAAUAACUAUCAACAAUUCAUUGACUUUGCUGAUUUCAUUGAUCUUGAUAAUUUAGAUUUUACUAAUUCUCCAAAAGAUCCAUCUCCAACGGAAUCGGUCACCAAAAGACCUCAACAUUUAUCACCACCUGACUCAGCUAACCAAUUGAAAAAUGGUUUAAAUCAACCACCUGCUUCUUUGUUAAGCACUCCACCAGUUAGUCAAACUGAUCAAAAUCAAUUAUCUCCCUCUCCCGUCAUCAAAUUGGAUAAUAAUUCCAAGGACGAGUCUACUUUAUUAGCUGAUAAUGAAGGUAGUGACUCUUAUGACGAAUCUUUAGUCAAGACUUUGAAUAAGAAAACUCCUAAUAGUCAUCUUAAUAAAGAAGUACCUCAAUCUCCUGAGUCAAUAAUUGAAGGGCCUAAUCCAUUAGAGGAAUCACCAAUCUUGGAAACUGCCUAUAAAACUUCAACCAAUCGUCUCUCAGAUAGUUCUAAUAAUACUGUAAAUAUUGAUGAAAAUGGAAAGAGUGAUUUCAAUAAUAGACCGAUCUCAAUGUCUUUCAAAGGAUUGAAAGGUCCUUCUUUUGGUGGUAAACUUGCCUUGCAUGAUAUUAGAAGCAGUGAUUCUCAUCAAUCUUUUAAUAUCUCUUUUGGAGAUGAUUCAACUGAGGAUGAAUUUGGAGGCGUUGGCGGUGGGUUUGGAUCGGAAUUAGAUGAUGCUUUUGAUAGUGAUGAUGCAUCCGAUAAAGAAAAUUUGGGUUCAUCAAACCCCAAGGCUUAUUCAAAUUCAAAAUUAUCCAAUAGUAUUUCCGCUAGCAAUAUGAAACAAUCAGUUAGUGAUGUUGGUUCGAUUUCAAGUAAUAAUAGUAAAAAAUUCGGAAAUUCAAAUAGUUAUUCCCAAAGAUCUAAUAACGGUACAUUACCACCACCAAACCAUCCUUAUCAUCAUGACAAGAUUCCUUCAUUAUCGGACACUAGCAGUUCAAGUCCUAGAUCCUUUAGUUCAAUAAUAUCUAAAAUCAAAAAAUCCAAUAACUCACCAUAUUCCUCGCCUAAACUUGGACCAAUUAAAACACAACCUUUAUCCUUUAAAGAUGGAGUCAGAUUUUCUUCAAGAAUUAUCUUAUAUGAUACUUAUAAUGGUGAAGAAUAUGAUAGACAUCCAGAUACAGCAACUUGUAACCAAUUGACUCCAUUAUUAGCUCAACAAAUCAAAGAAGAAAUCAAUUUGUUAAAGAGCGAAAUGGAAGUUCAUGAAGAAUCACAUUGUUAUACUCAUUUCAUUUAA